UACUACAAAAUUUUGACAUCACCCUUUCCCCAUUCAUAUAAAGUUUCAUUCACCCUUUUCCUCCACGCUGCAUACCUCUCUCCCAUUGGCCCAUUCUCCUUUACAAAGCCCCAAAACCAAUACCUAUUUUUCCUCUGUGUCUCUCUCAACUCACGAAAUGGAUGCAACGAUCAGUCCUGGAUUAUACCCUUUGCACCGUUGUAAAACUCUCCAUCUGGUGAGGCAUGCUCAGGGGGUUCAUAAUGUAGCAGGGGAAAUAGAUCAUGCUGCUUAUUCAUCUGAAGAAUAUUUCGAUGCCCAUCUCACUCCUCUGGGCUGGCAACAGGUUGAUCAUCUGCGCAACCAUGUUCAUGAAACUGGGCUUUCUAAGAAAGUGGAUUUGGUCAUUGUUUCCCCUUUGCUCAGGACCAUGCAAACUGCAGUGGGAGUCUUUGGUGGUGAGGGGUAUAAGGAUGGGAUAGAAGUUCCUCCACUAAUGGUGGCAAAUGCAGGGCAAAGUGACCGUCCUGAGAUUUCAAGCUUGAAUUGCCCACCAUUUGUAGCUGUUGAACUUUGUCGAGAACAUUUGGGAGUCCAUCCAUGUGAUAGAAGAAGAAGCAUCAACGAGUAUCGGUCUCUCUUUCCCGCAAUUGAUUUUUCUCUGAUCGAAAAUGACGAUGACGUUUUAUGGAAAGCUGACACCAGAGAAAAGAACGAAGAGGUUGCAGCCAGAGGACUGAAGUUUCUCAGCUGGUUGUGGACGCGUAAGGAGAAGGAAAUUGCAAUUGUUACGCACAGCGGAUUCUUGUACCAUACGUUAAGUGCUUUUGGUAGUGAUUGUCAUCCAUCGGUGAAAGACGAAAUAUGCAAACACUUCGCGAAUUGUGAGCUCCGGUCCGUAGUUAUUAUCGAUAGAAGUAUGAUGGGAUCAGAUCCAGCAACCACGAACUAUCCUGGAAAAAUCCCUAGUGGCCUUGAUCUUCCAAGUGAUGUUGCUGAUGAGAAGCUUCCGGAUGAAGGAAAAGUGAAUUAGUUUCUUCUUUUUUCGUGUUUCGAGGUGCGAUCGAGCAUUGAACACUCAGUUUGAUUUCCUAACAUGAUUCAUCACAAAUUUACAGAGAGAGAAUUUGUUAGGUACUCGGAACAAUUUUUGUAAGCUCUCAAUCUACAUACGUUAGGCAAUCUUUAAAUGAUUUGAAGAAUGUUAGAUAAAAAUUGCGCUAUACAGCUAAGGAGCUGUCAAUUCUUUAUAAAUGAAAGCACAUGAAUUCCUACA